UACCAUGUCAACCAUGUGCAGCACUGCGGCACAGGUAUGGCCUGGUGGUAACCAGGUGACCUCUUUUCCGUGGACGUGUAAUCAAUUGGGACCUAAAUUUGCAUCAAUGGAAAAUAUUGAUACAGUGUUGUAUCGUAUCGUGGUACAGAAGUGACAGACAAGUGUCAAAUGUUCAUAUUUUUACACAAGACCCCAGUGCUCGAAACCUUGUUUUCAGGAUUUGGAUCGGAAGCGCUGGGCAAACUUUGCACCUCGACAUCAUUGCCAACAGAAGCCUUAAGUUUUCAGAGUGAUUUCUCCCUGCGUGACAAGACCGCGCUGGUCAAGAGUGUUUCGGAUACGGAUGCCAAACACCUGGUGGUACUUCCAAAGGUUUCAGAGUUGACGAAAUACUUCGAAGGAGGUCUUCCGGCAGAUUUCGAGAUGAACAGGAAGGAGAGGAUUGCCCGGCGUCUGGAAGGAAUUGAAAGUGACGCACCACCAGCCCUGCUGCCUGGCGGCUUGGUCGCCAAUAGAAUGCUUGAGGAGGACCCGCCUCGGUACACUCGGGCCUCAGACCCCUGUGAACCUUGCGUGAUGGUGAAGCGCUUCAGUCGAGAGGAACUGGACACUCCCCAGAAACCAGUGACAUCUCCGCAACGCCAGGCCAGAGUGGGGGUCAGCCACACGGAGCCGAUGUUGGUGUAUGUCGACCCUGUGACGUUGUCUGCCUCAUCGACGCCUGCUUACGCAUCCCCUGACCCCGCCAGUCUGAGUUCCAAGGCCGAGCGCAUCGCCCGCUACAAGGCCGAGAGACGGCGGCAGCUGUCGGAGCGGUAUGGCGUCCUCCUAGACCAGGAAGUGGAUAUUGAUUACGCUCCACGCUACCGCGCUCGACUCGACCAAGAUGCCACUGCUGACAGACACUUGGCCGGAAGGCGAGACAAACUAGAAACAGAGGCGACAGAUCAUGAAUCUGGGGGCCCGUACCGUGCUGGUGUGGGCAGGGUUUACAUGACGACUCACCCAGACCCUGCACCUGCAGAUUCACCAGUCCCAGUCCACACAAACCAAGCUCCGGUCCCUGCACAAGACAGCAGAUACUCAGAGCGGGAAAGAGCCAUGAACAUGGAAAACUACUGGAGAGGUGGCGCUCAAGAACACGCGUCUCGACCCAGAGCCCAGGAGCACCACGUGCCUCCACCCCAGCAGCAUCAGCAGCAGCAUCAGCAAAAUCCCACUCACCACUACCACAUAGACACAACACAUUCAGAGCCGAAUCCUAAUUUCAGCAGGGACUACAGUGCCGCAGCGGUCCCCAGCUCGCCACGCAGUGCCCGUCGGGCCUCGCUGCCAUCCACCCGCUACGGUAUCUCACCUGGGGAUUUGUUCAUUGAGCAGCAGGCACAGAGCAUCCUCAACAGGCAGGGAAUCAGAGUAAGUGCACAGAGGCCUUCUGAGUGGAGCACAGACAGACACCACAGCAUCAGACACAGGACUCAGGAGAAUCCGCUCUCGCAGGGUCCAGAACCCGGCCAGCACAGAACUGUUCCUCAACCUCAAUCCAGUCCAGGUCACCCUCAGUCUUCUAAAGAGUACCACCCUGCCGUUGACCACCAAAAUUUACACAUGUCCGCAACCAAACUCUCCGGUCCCCCAGAGUUUCCACCACGAAGGCGAGUAAGCGCUGACCAAAUCUACGCCGCCCACAAGGAGGCGAGACUGGAGGCAAGGCUAGAGGCGAGGUUGGAGGCCAGGCAAGCCUCCAAAGAAGAAGUCCACACGGAAGGUCUGCUGAAGAGCCGGAAAGCCGUGUUGCCGUCCGAGAUCCGUCGGCGAGAAAAGACGGUGGAUGAUCCUCCCAGAGGUCAGAGCGAAAACAUGGAGUUGCAGAACUACAGCCCGGAACAGAGGAGAAUGAGUCGAAGAGUCGAGGAAGACUGGGAUUCACCCAGAGAGCGAAGGCGGGAGAGGAACAUGGAGAAGAUCCGAGAGCGAGGCAGGCACCGUCACUCGGGUCACGACACUCAAGAGGACGGAGUGUUUGGAACUGUGCACCCGGAGAAUGCCUCAGAAACCAUUAGCCAUCCAGAGUCACUCAUGUUACAGAAAGAAACCAGAAGAAGUGCUGAGGAAGAGCUUCAAAGACAGGAUCAGUACGACUCCUUAAGGAAGCCUCAGGAGCCCAAAGAAGAACAUGAGCCAAGACAAGAAAGUAGUUUGGAGAGAGUGGAGGAGGCUAAGCAAUAUGAAGUCUCUGAGUCUCAAAGACAGCAGGAAUUGCAGAGGAGCGACUCGGCUGUUUACCUCCGGAAGGGUUCUUUGUUGCCUCAGGCCAAGCACAAAAGCACAGAGGCAGGUGGAGGGCCAAAACCCAAGACGCGAACCCGCUCCAUGUCGGACAUCGGCAUCAGCCAGCAUUCCGUCACCUUCCGGAUGGAGAAGGCCCGGGAGACCUCAUCCAGCCCCUCAGGGCCGGCUAAUGGGGAGAUGGGCACUUUGGACACACGGGUGUCGGUGGCCCAACUGCGACAUUCUUACUUGGAAAAUGCCAACAGGAAGCCUGAGUUUGAAGGCAACCAAUCCCCAGCGAUGGAGGCGGACCCCACGGUGGGCAGCACCGACUCCCGGGUUGACCGGACGGCUCGGAGGCCCCGCCGCUACAUCACACCAGGGGACGGACGCACGUCCGAGAGGUGUCGGACCCAACCCAUCACGUCUGCGGAACGUCUGGAGACCGACAGGUCCCAUCACAGUUCAGCACAGCUGCAGGAUGUUGAAGUGGAUGAAGAAAAACUGGACGAGCGAGCCAAGAUGAGCGUGGCGGCCAAGCGCUCUCUUUUCAGGGAGUUGGAGAAGACUUCAGAGGGCGGGGUUCCCAAGCCUCGCUCUCGAAAUGCCGCCGUGGAACGUCGUCUGAGGAGGGUCCACGACCGCUCGCACACUCAGCCCGUCACCAGCAAGAAGGUGGUCGAUGCCUGCAGUGAGCCUUCUACGUCAUCACUUGCUGUGGGAAGCCAAACCAGCAGUACAACCAGCACCACCAGUUCAACUGUUGUCAGCACUACUGUGACCACGAUCAGCAUCCAAGCAACGGCAGCUAUCCAGGAGAAGGUCCAGGAGACUCAGGACGAUGAAACCCUCAAAGUGGAGGGCGACGACCUAUCCACGCUCAGCUUGGUCGAAAAGAUGGCCCUUUUCAAUCGGCUCGCCCAUCCCGCGGACGAAGCGACGCCGAAGGGUGACACCUCCCGCCAGCGUCGCGCUCUCGCCCGCUUUCAGACGCAGCCCAUUACCCAGGGUGAAGUGGAGCAGGUAAAACACAGCAGCCAAGUCAAACUGGAACCCCUCCCAGCCCCUGUGGUCCGCUCUGUGGCAAUCACCCCCUCCCAAGCCUCUGUUACCAUGGUAACCGUGACGCCUGGUAGCAGCAGCAUCACCUACGAGGGGAGCUCCACCCCCCAACAACAAUUGUUCGGCAAUACUGUGGGCCACCAGGAGAGGGCGUUGCGGUACCUAUCCAUGAACCAGAGCGCAGGGGACACGGGCCAUCCCGACCUCCUCCCCGACAGCUCGGAGCGACCGGGGGUUCUCCUCGUUCCCACCCCCUCUUCCGGCAUUCUUCGCCGGCAGCAGGAGGAGGAGCAUCCUGGCCUGAGAGCCGUCAGAAAUACCAGGGAGGAAAACGCGGAGGAAGGAGGAGGCGGAGGAGGAGGAGGCAGCCAUCACCUGGAAGAAGAGGCAGAAGAGGAAAGCCGCACCCGGAGCCAAGAAGGACUCUCAGAACAACAGGCUCACCCAGCGUCACUGAGACCUGUGAUAACCAAAGUGUCGUCCACGACAACAUCUCACGUGUCAGUAGUCCAGCAGAUCCAUCCUGUCAUCCAGCCUCCCCCAUCUCCGCCCAAACCCUUCCUGCUUCAGACCCCCGCAGAGCCCCUAAAGCCCCAGGUGUACAUCCAGUCAUCCCAGUCCCCACCGACGUAUCCCAAACCGUUCACUCAACCCCAGCAGAGCCAGGCCAAACCUCAGGAACUUCUCCCCAAGCCUUACAUUCAACCGGGCCCCCAGGUGCCUCCGGCGACGCCACCAAAACCUCAGGGCUUCUACCAGGUGCUGGUCAAGUCUCAGUCGCUCCCACUGGAGCACAGCGACAACUACAACAGACUCAGCGUCCAUCAGGGUGAUCUGCUGUCCCCCACGGGUUCUGCAGACCGGCUUCCUUACGGCAUGUCCAGCAAACAGAUGUCCAUCAAAGAGAGAGUGGCCUUGCUGAAGCAGAGCGGCAAGGAGGACUGGAGGAACCGGAUCAACAAGAAACAGGAAGUGGCAAAGGUGGUGUCCACUGAUCAGCUUCAGCAACGGGAGGCGGAGCCGACACAUCAGACCAAGGAGGAAGAGGUGGUCGUCCACGAACAUUCUGCAGUAUGUAUGUCAGAGCAGCUGUGGGAGCCUGUCUUCUCCUCCACUUUCUCUCCUCCUUUCUCCCUCGGACAAAAGUGUCAGUACAUUGACCAUCACGCUCAGGUUCAACUGGGAGGAAAGGACAAGGAGGCCCAGAUGACCAUCGAGGAGAGAAAGCAGAUGAUUUCCAUGCGAGAGGACGCCUGGAAGAGCAAAGGCAAGGGUGUGGCCAAUGACUCCGGGCAGUACACCGUGGCAGCGCGUAUGGUCAAGAAAGGACUUGCCGCCUCCUCCUCGGUCAUUGGGCCAAUCCUCUCGCCCGUCCCCACCAAACUUAAGAGCGGCGCAGCGAUUGUUGGAAAACCUCAGGGGGACAUUGAAGCCAGAGCAGACAUGGAGUCCGAUAAAAAGCUGGACAAGUUGGAGACCUUCUUGGGACGCCUCAACAGUAAAGUGUCCGAGCUGCAGGAGAGCACCCUGACAGUCACCGAGAAGGCAGUGAAGGAGGUUAUGAAGCUGGAUGAUGAGAGCUUCUCCAACUUCUACGGCCGCGUGGCUGAACUCCCCCACGUGCCCUCACGCAUUGAGCUCAGCGAAGACUUCGACGCCAUAUUCGGCUCGCGGCAGGGCUGCGGGAGGCUUACGUCGGCAAUGGUGCGGCAUAAGCGCUCCGUACGUCCGUCCAGGAAUGUGCAGGCCUCCCGCAACCCCGUCAAGAUGCUGGCUGCCCGCCAGGAUAUACGACACGAGUACACUGAGCAGAGGCUCAACGUGGCUCAGCUGGAAAGCAAGAGGAUGUCUUCCGACAAGAUGAUUAAAAGCUCGGAAUAUUCCGACGCGGCUCUGGCGGGUCUGGCCAGUAAGGAGAACUACAGCACCGUGAGUUUGCGCAGUGUCAAUGUCUCGGAGACGCCCACGUCCAACAACAGCGCCCUCCCAUACACGAACCUCAUGCUGCUGCACGUCAAAGGCCGUCGCCACGUUCAGACCAGACUAGUCGAGCCCAGAGCCUCGUCACUGAACAGUGGGGAUUGUUUCCUACUGGUGACGACAAAGCACUGUUUUGUGUGGAUUGGAGAGUUCUCCAAUGUCAUCGAGAGGGCCAAGGCUAUGGAUCUAGCCAUGUUCAUCCAGACCAAGAAAGACUUGGGCUGCAGGGCAACCAAGGUACGGACCAUAGAGGAAGGCGUCCACGUGCAGAGUCCAGAUUCACAAGAGUUUUGGACUAUCCUCGGGGGACAGAGUGCCUACCAAUGUGCCGGCCCACCGGAGGAAGAUGACCGUUUUGAGAACGCCAUCGUAGAGACCAACUGCAUAUUUCGCCUGCUGGAUGAUAAACUGAUGCCUGAUGAUGAGGAAUGGGGGAAGGUCCCUCAUUCCUCCCUGCUGUCAUCUAAAGAGGUGCUGGUGUUGGACUUCGGUAGCGAGGUGUAUGUGUGGCAUGGCAAAGAGGUGACACUGGCCCAGAGGAAGGUGGCUUUCCAGCUGGCCAAACACCUCUGGAACGGCACCUUUGACUAUACCUGUUGCGACAUCAACCCUCUAGACCCUGGAAGCUGCAACAGCCGAAUACCAAGGAAGGGCCAAGGCCGUCCCGACUGGGCGAUAUUCGGCAGGCUGACCGAGCACAACGAGACCAUCUUAUUUAAGGAGAAAUUUGUGGACUGGACCGAAGUUAAGAUGCCGUCAUCACCGACAGAACUGAGCGAGCAGCUCCCAGAACAACAGGCCACAGGGCGAGAGUGCCGGCCAUACGACGCCAGCCUGAUGCUGCCGCUCCUCCAGUCAUCCGUCGGCACCAUCUUGGACGGUGUUAACGUGGGCCGUGGCUAUGGCGCAGUGGAGACAGAGGACCACAUGAGGACUCAGGAAAUCAGCACCGUCUCGGUGGACGUGUGGCACAUCCUGGAGUUUGACUACAGCCGGCUGCCCCGCCAGAGCAUCGGCCAGUUCCACGAAGGUGACGCCUAUGUGGUCAAGUGGAAGUACAUGGCCAGCACGUCAGUGGGACGCAGACACAACCCAGAGGUAAGGAGCACCGGACCCGGCCGAGAGAAAUGUAGCUAUUUCUUCUGGCAAGGCCGACACUCCACUGUUAGUGAGAAAGGAACGUCAGCGUUGAUGACGGUGGAACUGGACGAGGAGAGAGGGGCUCAGGUGCAAGUGCAGCAGGGCAAAGAGCCACCGUGUUUCCUGCAGUGCUUCAACGGCGGUAUGAUUGUCCAUGCUGGAAAACGGGAGGAAGAGGAGGAGAACAUCCAAAGCGAGUGGCGUCUGUACUGCGUGCGUGGCGAGGUGCCAGCCGAGGGCUACCUACUGGAGGUGGCGUGCCACUGCAGCAGCCUGCGCUCCCGAACCUCCAUGAUCCUGCUCAGUGUUGACAAGGCAGCCAUCUACCUGUGGCACGGCUGCAAGACGCAGGCGCACACCCGCGGAGUGGCAAGCGCGGCGGCGCUCAGGAUCAAAGAACAGUGUCCACUGGAAGCCGGACUCCACAGCAGCAGCAAGGUGACCAUCCAGGUGUGUGACGAGGGCAUGGAGCCGCCGGGCUUUUGGGAGGCUCUGGGACACAAAGACAGGAAAGCCUACGACUGCAUGCUGCAAGACCCCGGAAAAUUCAACUUUACUCCGCGGCUCUUCCAGCUGACCAGCACGUCGGGAGAGUUCGUAGCGACCGAGUUCUUCCACCCGUCCCGCACUCCGGACCUUGUGAGCUCGCUACCCUUCCUGCAGGAGGAGCUCUACAAUGCGGCGCAACCGGCGUUGUUCCUGGUAGACAACUUCCACGAGGUCUACCUGUGGCAGGGCUGGUGGCCUCAGGACCGCGAGAGCACCGGAUCGGCUCACAUGCGCUGGGAUGUGGACAGGAAGUGCGCCAUGGAGACCGUGCUGCAGUACUGCAAAGAGAAGAGUAACAGGAAGCCUCAGAAGUCCUACCUGAUCCAUGCCGGCCUGGAACCGCUCACCUUCACCAACGUGUUCCCCAGCUGGGAGCACCGCGAGGAUGUGGCCGAGAUCUCAGAGAGGGAGGCGGAGGUGUGCAACCAGAUCAUCCUGGUGGAGGACGUGCUGGCCCGGCUCAGUCGGAACACCUACCCGCUGGACCAACUGCGGGCCCGGCCGCUCCCGGAGGGUGUGGACCCGCUGCGCCUGGAGAUCUACUUGUCAGACUGUGACUUUGAGGAGGCUUUGGAGAUGAAGAGAGAUGAGUACGAACGUCUACCAGGGUGGAAACAGGUCAACUUGAAGAAGGCUAAAGGACUGUUUUAAGCACGUUGGAUUGAAGAUGGAAUGAGAAAAGCACAAAAAGAGAGAAAUAGACAGAUGCAGAUACACUGGAUAAGGACGUGAGGACUUGAGAGUCACUUCCUGUUCUGUGUCAGGAAAUCCCAACACCAACACCAAGCGUGUUGGUUUUCGUGGACUCGACACCACGUUGCUCAGUUACAAGUGUGCACUUUUGGCAUAAGUGUUGUAAUGUAAAGGUUUGAUUUUGAAUGAUGUAUAGUGCCUUUGCUUAUUUGUUUUGUGUACAGUUUAUACAAAGACAUACUAGUGUGAUAUCUCUUUGGCAUAAAACACAUUGUGACUCCAAAAAUGGAGUCAUCUUGUGUCUCCUGCUUAAUAAACGAAACCACUUUCGAAGCCCA